AUGGCGGAUGGGGUGAUUCCAUUCUACAGACGCCUGUAUGAGGCUGUGAACGAUCAUUCACUGGAUUCAAUAAUCUCGUGGGGCAAAAGCAACAACAGUUUCAUCAUUUGGGAUCCGAGAGAGUUAGACAGCAAGCUUAUUUCGGUUCCGAGGCCCUCACGACGUCUUGCUUGCUCCAGUCUCAAAAAGUUCUUCUACGACGUCAAGUAUUAUGGAUUUAAAAGAGUUAAGGGGUCUCCGCACAUUGAAUUCGGAAAUGAAUAUUUUGUGAGAGGUAAACCCGAGCUCUUGCUGAAGAUGCAGCGGAAGUCUUUUGACAAGAAUCGCCGUAAAAAUCAAGCAGCUGCAGAGAAUCAAGCAAUUCAGGAUGCAAAGGAAUUUGGGGUUUCUGAUACGAUUUAUGUUUUCGUUGAUGUUUGCUCUAUUGCUGUGUACAUCUCCUUGCCCAAGAUCUUGCUACUUACUGGGAUAAAAGUGCGUUGGGUUUCAGGGGGAAUAAUUAAGGAUAGGGUCGCCAGCGAUGACGACAAGAGGACUGUCAGAGAAAGACUUUGUAGCAGUUGCCGACUUAGAUCAAGGAAGGAGUAG